AUUAUGUAAACCACUAAAUGAUAUAAAAGCAUCAGGUUGGUGUCAUUCUGACAAACACAUCCAGCAGAGUUCGGUAAUCUCCACUUCAAGAAAACAUUAAGAAUGAGGGUUACGGCAGUGAUUCUUCUACACAGUCUUGUAUUCGCCCUGAAUGCAGCAGACAAAACCUUAGGAGACAUUUCCAAACAGUUGACCUGUCCUUUAAGGAUGUGCACAGAAGUAUUGAAGGAUAUUGGAGCAUUACAGGAGAAAUUAAAGGCCACAGAGAGUCGACUACAAACUCAGAUUGAAGAAAUCAAAAGCAGACCAAAGGUGGCGUUUUCAGCUGCAUUAGGGUCGAGUGGUUUGCUUGGACCAUUAAAUAAAGAUUCAACAUUGGUCUACAGAGAAGUCUUCAUUAACAUUGGUGAUGCCUACAACAAGGAUACAGGGAUUUUCACAGCACCAGUAAAAGGAGUGUACUACAUUAGUUUCUUCUAUCAUUGUGGAACUAAGCACAGAACAGAGCUGACUUUGUAUAGAAAUGGAAAACUUGUAGCAGUAACAAAACAUAACUCGAAUGAAUCAGAUUUUACACGGAAUGGAGGUAAUGGAUUAACGCUGCUGUUGGAGAAGGGUGAUCAAGUCUAUAUUGUGCUCAGCAGUUACACACAUAUCUGGGAUGGAAAAAAUAUGACUACAUUUAGUGGAUUUCUUAUUAACGCCAUGUGAUUAAAAUUACAUCAGAACUAUUAUUAUUAUUACCUUUAUUUGAUUGUUCAAUACGAUAUCAGUUGUUUGCAAAAUAAAUAAGACUGUAAAGCAAGAUGUCAUUUUUUCCACAAAUAAUGCUUAAAAAAAAGUUAAAUGAAAUCUCAAUUUUAAACCAAAUUACCUGCACACAUCACACCACACAGACCAACCUUAAGACAGGACACUUUAUAAAUGCAAAAAAACCUGUAGAGAAGCAUUAAAUUCACCACAAUUAAGUCACAAAAUCACCACAUACAAAGAGCAAGAGAAAGACUGUACAGCUAUAACUACUGUAUAUAUUGUCUACAUGCCUUUAAUCUUAAUACAUUUAUAUCAUAACCUGUUGGGUUGGUGUGGUCUUGACAGUUUUUUUGUGUUUAAGUGUUUUUUUUUUCAUGUGUACAGACAUUUGUUUUGAAAUGAAUGAAGAAAAAACUGUGUAAAUAAAUGACUGUACAUGUCUUAACCCUGA